ACAGCAAGACACAUCGACGCGAUCUACUAGAUCUCGGUCACCCAUACAAACUCUCAUAUCCCAUCCCACGCCGACGUCCAUCAUGACCGUUCGUAUCCAACGACCCGGCUGGGAACGAAAGAUUCGCUUCCAUACCCUCAACCUCCAGCAAUGCAUCAUCUCGGGCGAUUUUGGUUAUGUCCACGCCGUCAAGGCUCAUCAGCUCUUCAACACCGUGGAUCAAUUGUCCGUCGCCGACGAAGACACCCAGAAGGGCGAGGAUGCCAUCGUGGAGAUCGAGACCGCCAACGCUUAUACCAUGCAGACCAUCAUGGGCGAGUUCACUGGCGAAGUCGAAAAGCUCAAGCAGGCUGCCCCGGACGCUGAGGCGUGGAAGGAAAGGAUCAUCGAGCAGCGAAACAAGGCUCAAAAGGCCGCUUCCGAUGCCAUUGGCGCGGCCUCGCAGCAGGUUCUCAACACCAUCGAGGCGCUUCCCGCGGAAUCGAGGAACGACGCGGCGGACGUCUAUAUCAAGGCUAGCUCGUACAUCGGCGAUCUCUUGAACGUCUUGGCUCAGCAAUUACAGGCGGUCCUUGGACAGGUCGCCGAGUUCUUCAAGGGGAUCUGGAGGGGAAUCAAGACUGCCUACGAUACCGUUGUCGGCGGGGUCAAAGCGGCCGUUGGGUUGAUCACAGGCAUCUUCGGCCUCGAUAUCGAGACCGGUGUCAAAGGAGGAACAUUCAUCGGUCGACUCAAUUGGCCCGCUGCCGUCGGGAUCACCGUCGCUACCACCGGCCUUGCUUACGUCUGCGGCCACCUCAUCGAGAGGGGUGUCGAGUUUCACGAGCAGACCGUCAGGAUCGAAGAGGCCGAUGGCAAGAAGACGAUCGUCACCGAGACUCAUAUCGGGUUCAAGAAGCCGAAGCUGGGACAGGGAAAACAGCUCGAGGCGGUCUGGAAGGAUUGCGUUGGAGAUCUCGGGCAGGAUGGGCAUUGGAUUCCCGCUCAGGCCGUUUGAUCAGCCUUUGUGAUGGCUAUAUAACAGAUCUCACUAGCUCUUGUCAUCGACCGUCCUCUAUCUCUAUCUUCUUUUUCUCCCUACUUCGUUCGACCCUUCUUUACGUUUCACAAGCCUGCAGUUUGGGUUGCGCACGGGGUACUCGAGAUGCGGACUGUGUCGCUUGUAAACUAUGUUGCGUGCGGCCUUGUACAAAUAUCACCUACGUAUUUGAUUGAAUGGCGUCCUUUCGAA